GCCCAUCCGCAAGUAAGGCGCCCCCGCGGACGACCUCGCGCCGCACACACGCGUGUGUUACUUCUUCUGCUUCUUGGCCUUAUGCUUGUUGUCCGUGGGGGACCCGUCUCGGUCCUCCACCUUCUGCAACCAAACACGCCCACGUGCGUGAACUUCUCAUCUAGCAUCAUCUCAGAGACUGCACGACCCACGCAAGUGCUCAUACGCUGUCCAUGGAAAGCAGCAUCGAAGAGUGUAUGGGAUCCACUUGGGUUGACUGCGUGACAUUGACGGCAGUCCGCUCUGCACUGCUCUGCCGGGCACAGGUUUAGCCAGGGCAGGGUUUAGCGUAAUGUGCCAACUUUUGCACAUUACCAUAUCAAGUUCAGUCCAACCGUUACAAUUUACUUUCCGCACAGAAUGGCGUUGCUCUCCACUCGCACGAGAGCCCUAGGCGCCCAACGCGGUGGAUUCUUAGGUGUACUAGACGGCUUGACGGACACGCAGACCUUCGCAAACAGAAAACGACGGCGGGUUGUGCGAAGCACAGCUGCCGCCCCGCUGCUGAAGCAAGGGCAUUGUGAGGACGCGCCACCCGUCGAGUCGCAGCGCGCGGCUUCCGAGUCGUCAUGCGCUAAAGACAGCCCGCGAUUGACGCAAGCUAUGUCAUCAACUGAUGCGCAAAUAAUAACGGCGGGUGGCAGCUGCGAGGGCGUCGAGGCAGUUAGCGCGGAAAGGAUGCUUGACGAUGACCCGGCAACGAGGGACGAGGAGAUGGGGCAGCAGGGGCUGCUGCAGCAGGCGCGCCGGGAGGUCAAGGUGUUGGCGCGCCGCCAGCAGUCGCUGAUGGCGAGGCGAGAGUGCGAUGUGGAGGAGGUGGCGGCCCUGAUUGCGGAGCUGCAGGCGAGGCAGGCGGAGCUCCUGGCGGAGCUGGCAGCCCUCAGGCAGAGCGCUGGGAAGGGGGCGGUUGGGCAGGAGAUGAAGGAGGAGGCGGAGGGCCCAGCAGCGGCGGUGGUGAUGCAGGAGGCGGCGGCGGAGGAGGAGAUGGACACAGGCGGCGCAGAGGGAGGGGUGGCAGUGGCACGGGUGGAACCAGAGGCAGAGGAGAUGAAGGCGGCGGGCGAGAUGGCAGCAGAGGGGACGGAGGGGACGGAGGGGACCAGAGAGGACGUGACGUCCCCUGGCAUGGAUGGGGAGCAGCAGCAGCAGCAGCAGCAGCAGCAGCAGCAGCAGCAGCCACCCCAGCAGCCGCUGCCGGCGGCACAAGAAGGAGCUGUAAGACCGGCAGCAGCGGCCGGUGUGGCAGCGGGUGCAGCAGCAGAGGCGGAGGCGGGGGCGGAGACGGAGGUGACAAUGGGAUUGGAAGUGCCUGCGCUUCCCGCGGCGGCGGCGGUGGCCGCCGCCGGUGUGGCGGCGAAUGCGGUGGCUUUAAAUGCAACAGACAUGGUGGCAGGGGCGACGGCGGCAGCGGCGGCGGCAGCCUCAUCGUUGGAGGCGCAGUUUCGAGGCGUGGAGUUGUCGAAGGUGGAGUUGCGGGCGGUGGAGGACGUGCGUGGAGACGGCGGGCGCGGCCGUGGAGGAGACGGAAGCAGCAAUUAAGGCAGCAGCAACAGCAGCGCAGCGGACGGCCGCAGCUGGCGGCGGCGAGUUAGUGCUGGCGCCGCCGGCACCGCAGGUGCUGCUGGCGAUGCAAAUGAUGGCUGCAGAAGAGGGCCCGCAGCCGCUGGCACGACUGCCUGGGAACAUGUGAGAAGGAGGAGAAGCCCGCUGUGCACAGGCGCCGGCAGCAGUGGAACGUCUGGGUGCGGACGGAAGAGACGGAAUGGGCGGCAUGGCGCAGCACGGGAAUGGGGGCGUCCUGGCAUCCAUGCUCCUCAGAAUGCAGGGCGCUGACCAAUUUUUUUACUUAC